AUGGAUUAUAUGCGUCCUCGGUCCGGCUACCAGCCGUGUGAUACCUUUUUCAUCGAAGAUGACUACCGUGUGCGUGCCGAGAGGCAAGCCAAACAGGAGCACGACAAGCUCGUGGCUCGUGAGCGGCAAUAUGCCAUCGCGGAUCAACUGUCCAGACUAACCAGCGAUGAGUUCCGGGACGAUGUCCUGGCUCACAUGCUGGAGAUGGAUGGUCAAACGCUACCGGACGUCGAAUCGAUUGAUAUCCAAACCGAGAUCCAAUGGUUCAUGCGGCCUUACCUUCUCGACUUCCUCAUUGAGGCACACACUGCAUUCCAACUGCUGCCGUCGACAUUGUUCCUCGCCAUCAACCUCUUGGAUCGUUAUUGCUCCAAGCGUGUGGUAUACAAGCGUCACUACCAGCUGGUUGGCUGUGCGGCACUCCUCAUUGCUGCGAAGUACAAUGACAAGAAGGACCGGGUACCCACCGUCAAGGAGCUCAAGUCAAUGUGCUGCUCCCUCUAUGACGAUGACAUGUUCAUCCAAAUGGAGUGGCACGUUCUGCAGACCCUUGGCUGGACCAUUGGGCACCCAACGGUGGACAGCUUCCUCCAGGUCGCCGUCCUGGAUGAGCCUUACGACCCUGAGGUGGAACACAUGGCACUCUACAUUCUAGAGAUUGCCCUCUUCCACCGUGACUUCGUGUCAAAGCCGUCGUCAGAGCUUGCCCGGGCUGCCCUGGCGCUGUCUCGCUGCAUUCUGAACCGACCUCAGCCUCGUCACACUCACUGGGCCUCCCAGUAUGACUCGAUGACGCUAGUCGGUCUCUCUCAGCAGCUUCACCAGCCUUCCACUGUCGUUGCCCGAAAGUACGCCUCUGCUCACUACUCCCGGGUGUCUAAGAUCCUCGAACACUUCCUCAGCCGUCAAGCUUCUCUGGUCAACCCUGUUUAUGCUCGUUCCACCCCUCCGGUCGAGACUCCUGUGGAGUCCAAGCCAUACAACGGGGAAAUGGGCCUUGCUACUCCUCAGAAGUCGACUCAGCUGACCGUGCCCCACGGAUACAUGACCCCGCCAAUUACACCCGAAAAUGUGGCUUUCGCACAAGGGCAAAUCUUCAACCACGCCUCCCAUCCAAUUGCCUGCUCGCCGUCACCAGCGCCCUCAUCUGAGAUGCAACACAUGAGCACCGAUGCUUACCAGCAAGAGACCAUGUACAUGCAGCAGUACCCACCGCAAACUCAGAUGGUGGUCGACCCGGCUUAUGCAGGUGUGAUGUAA